AUGGAAGACACAAGGAAUGCUUCACUUGACAUUCUUGAAAAGUCAAAUUCUGAAUCUGGAAAAGAAAGACUGUGUAGGUCUGAGAAGAAAAGACGACUGAGAGAGGAGAACAACAAGUGGAAGAAAGCUGUGAGGAGGGAGAAGAAACAAGAGAGGAAGAAGAGACUGAGGAAGGCUGAAGAAAAUCAGGAGCAGGCAGAUGAAGGCAGACUUAGUAAGAAGCAGCUGAAGCUGGAGAGGGAGGCUCGCUGUCGGUCAGCCAUGAUAGACGGUCAGAGGAUUGGAGUGGAUCUUAGCGUGGAGAAUCACAUGACUGAUAAGGAGAAGAGUAAGGUGGCUCAGCAGUUAUGCAGACUGUAUGGUGCUAACAGACAAUCCCAUUGCCCAUUUCACAUCUUCUUCCUGGGAAUCAACAAACAAGGCCUUUUGUACCAGGAAUGUGUGAGGAAGAACCAGGGGUUUGAAAACUACCAGGUAGACAUGAUGGAAAGUCCCGUGACAGAGGUGUUUAAAGCUGAGGAGGUUGUGUAUUUAUCUCCUGAUGCCUCAGAUCCCGUGACAAGUCUGGACAAGUCCAAGGUGUAUAUCAUUGGAGGCUUUGUGGACGAGAGCAUUAAAAAGAAUGUGACCUUGUCAAAGUGUGACAGCUCUGGCCUCUGUUGUAAGAGAUUACCCAUUGUGGAGUACAUGGAGAGACAGCCAGGGCUGGUGCACUACAGCACAGUGCUCACCCUCAACCAAGUGUUUGAGAUCCUGCUAAGAUUCUCAGAGAAUGGGGACUGGAGAGCAGCGUUAUCAGAGGGAGUUCCCAAGAGGAGUGGGUACCGUCUGAAAUCUCAGGAGCCUAGCGUGGAGGCACGGAGCUCUGAUGACAGACAAUCACAGUCAGAUGAUAGGAGCUCAGAUGAUGCACAAUCAGAGCCAGGUGGGAGGAGCUCUGAUGAUGGACAGUUAGCACCAGGAGGGAGCUUUACUGAUGGACAGUCUGCACCAGGUGGGAGGAGCUUUGAGGAUGAACAGUCUGUGCCAGGUGGUAGGAGCUCUGAUGAUGGACAGGUAGUUCCAAGAGGGAGCUCUGAUGAUGGACAGUCUACACCAGGUGUGACGAUCUUUGAUGAUGGACAGUCUGUGCCAGGUGGGAAGAGCUCUGAUGAUCCUCAAUCCAUAGCGGGUGGGAGGAGCCCUGAUGAUUCACAGUCAGUAGAAGGAGAGAGGACCUGAUGGACAGUUCGUAGCAAAGGUAAUGCCAAAGAUAACUGAUUUCAGAAUGCAGAAGGGAUGGUCUACAACAGGCAGUUGUUCCGCACAGUGAUGACUCACAUCAGUCUGGUGAUGCACCCAGUGACGACUCACAA